AUGGCACCUAAUCAAGUUUGUGCUGGAUGUAACUACACAAUAAAAACCAAGGAGCUUUUGGUGUGCUCACUCUGUACAAAGAGCUUUGAUUUACUAUGCGCUAACGUUUCUGAAAAACGCUUUAAUAACAUGAAUAAAGAACAGAAAUGUGCAUGGCGAUGUCCAGAGUGCGUAAGCAAGCUGCCGAAACAAGGAAACACUAAUACACCUGUUCGCCAAGCUGCUAAUCCGGUAACUUCACCCGGGUCUGACUAUAUGUCUACAGUAAAAAACGACUCGCCAUCCUGUUCGAACAUCACUUUUAGAGCAAGCAAGCAGCGGUUGCGUCAUGAAGCGAAACUCACUCUUGACAAUAUUAGGGAUGUAAUUAAGCAGGAAAUGAUGUCCAUAGUUAAGCUUAAAGUCACGGAAGAGCUGAAUGCAGCAGCAAUUGGAUACAAUGUGUAUCGCAGGGAACGCUCAUUUACUGUAAAUUCCAAGAAGGAUGGUGGUGGUGUGCUGAUUGCUGUCUCUCGCGACACACCUUCCAUUCGUAUGACUGAUGCAUCCGGUCAUACUUGUUUCACUUUCAAUAUGGCCACCCAACUACUUUGUAAAAUUACUUUAUUGCAAUCUAAAAAAGAAGCAUUAUUUCAAAGAACUCAAGAAACUUACGAUCUCAGCUUAAAGGUUUCCGAUCAUAUCUCGCAAACUAAAUUCUUAUCGCGUAUAAAAUCAUUAGAACAUACUAGAACCGAAUUUCUAGAAACAGUAGAUGAUUUGAAUUUAUUGUUUAUGGAACAGGACAAAGAGGUCAAGCCUACCUACUCGGAAAUAAACUCAUUUGAUGAUUUGUAUUGUCAUAUUAAAAUGGUUGAGAACUCUCUUCUGCGGCCCGGCUGCGUGCAGAAACCAAAAAUUACGCCAAAAUUGCCACCACUGCAAUUAGCCUGCUUCGAUGGUAACCCUAACAAUUGGGCAGUGUUUUAUCAGAACUUUAAAAGUCUCAUUCAUGAUAAUCCUCGACUCACCGCAGCCGAAAAGGUUCAAUACCUCGUAGGUAACCUCUCAAACAAAGCCUUAUCAGUUUGUUCUAGCAUUCCACCUAUUGUUGUUGCCAUGGAAACCACGCUCGGUUAUAUAAUGAUGGGCAGAGCUCAGUGUGAUGACUCCGAUUUAAACACGAAAAAAAAAAUUAAUAAAACAUUUUUCUGUUCUGCUCAAACGCACAAUUUAGAAGACUUAACGCAACGCUUCUGGGAGCUCGAAAGGGUACCAAAUAAAGUUCACACAAGUCCUGAUGAUGAAGUCUGCGAACGUAUCUUUCAGGCAACGCAUUCCCGCGACGAGACGGGUAGAUAUACUGUAACGCUCCCAUUUAAAUAUGAUCCCGUUUUGCUCGGAAACUCGUAUAAUAUCGCUAAAAAACGAUUAAUAAAUUUGGAAAGAAAAUUAGAUAACGCACUUGAAUUACGCAACUAUACAAAAUUAUAUUGA